AUGCCGUUCCUCGACAGCAGCUACAACCUCUCGCUCUACUCGAUCCCGGCCACCUAUGUCCUCGGCAUGGCGACCCACAUCUCGGCCGUCCGCCUCGCCGCCAACAGCAGCGAGCUGCCCAACUUCGACAACACGGCACCGCGCCAGUGCCUCGCCCGCAUCCAGGCCCUCGCCGACAAGAGCGCAGACGCCCGUCAGUACCUUCGCGCCGAGGCCGCCCAGCUCAAUAUCUUCGAGGGUCUGGGCGUCUACUCCGCCGCCCUCCUCGCUGGCAACUGGGCCCGCCUGCCGAUCUCGUUCCUCAACAAGGCGGCGGCCGCCUACGUCGCGCUCCGCGUCGCCUUUGCCGUGCUGUACGUCAAGACGGACCAGGAGAAGUACACGACGCUGCGGUCGGCCACCUGGUUCGCGAGCUCGGGCGUCGUGUUGAGCCUCAUCGUCAAGGCGUCGAACCAGAUCAACAAGGCGCUGUGGUGA